GGAAAAUAUUAACAGCUGAUGGCUUUGCAUAUACGUGUGAAAGGAAACUUUGGCAGCAGCUGCAAGAGACCCGUCACCGUACUUGACGAUCCAGUUCGUGUCAAAAAAGAUCUUGAAAACGAGCGUCGCAUAACUCGUUUACAGCAGGUGCGCGAGAAGUCGAACAGCUUGGCCCGAAAAAUACGCGAGGAUGUUACUGCGGAAAAGAAACGCCAAAUAAACCGAUUGAAGCAGACCAAGCAGGACGAGCUGAAAGUGUGGCGUGAGAAUGUUUUGGUCAAAAAGCACCAAGACUACCGGUCAGCCAUAUUUCAAGUGGGUUACGCCCAUCGGGCAGCACAAGCGGAGAAUGAGGAGACCGCAAAGCGGAAGCAGGAGAAAAUCGACAAAAUAAAAAACUGCAGGCUUCGGGCAAUGAAAAGAAACGCUGAAAAUACUCGGGUGAAGCUGCGGUCAGCCGGUGGUAUGAAUCCUCUCAAUGCGCAAGGACGCGCCACAACUAGCACACAAACUCCUUUGCCCCAGGAGCAGCCCGACGACAAGGAGAACCGUGCGACUGGCGGCGUGGCCUACAAUUUCCCAAGCUUGCCGGAGCGAGCCUGCUGCCACGACAAUCCCAAAUGCUUCUGCCUGACCUCCGAUGAUGAUUGUGACGAUUACGAGAGCAGCGAUUCCUCCAUCUUGCAUUUGGACGGCGAGGAUGGGGAGAACAAUACGCGCCCGUCUUCACCCAUUACUGGUGCGACAAACAAACUAAAGAAGAACCCUACAGUGAUUCUGGAUGUGAACAUAGACGAGGCAGACGGCCAUGUGGUCAACACUUGCACUGGCCUGGACAUCAACGACAGAUACAUUCAAACCAACCGCAAAUUCAGCCAUGUUGUGCGUACCAGUCCUGCCACCAGUCCAGAUCGAAAGGAUAAUCCACGCCGACAACGGUUUACCCAAAUCACAGAUAUAGUUAAACGCACCGAGACAAUAGUUCGGCCAUUGCAAGCACCAGCCCAAGCCCCAGCCCCAGCCAGAGCCCAAGCACCAGCCCAAGCCCCAGCGCCAGAGGAACCAAAGCAAGCGCACGCACCACCACCGAGCCCCACAAAGUCAUUGCCCCGAUCGCCCAAAAAGGCAAUGCCGGCAGCAAAGGCGCCAGCAGCUGCUUCUGCCAAAAAACUUCCAGCCCCCAAGCGGGCGACAACUACACAAAAGGCCAACAGAGCCCCAAAAGCAGGGACGAGCCAACAGCAGCCAAUGAGGCGAAGCACUGCCCUGAGAACAGAUCCACCUCCUGCCAAAGUGAUCGACGCGGGAAUAAAACGAAAAACGUUGCCAAAAAAAAUAACCACUCAAUCGCAAACUGCGAAAGCAACAGCACAACCCACACAACAAGCUACAGCCCAGGGAGCAGCCCCUUCAAUGCAGCAAAAUGCACAAAUGCAGCAGCCCCCUCUAGUGCAGCAAAUGCCUCAAAAUCCACAAAUGAUGCAGCAACAGCCUCAAAAUCCACAAAUGAUGCAGCAACAGCCGCAAAUGCAGCAGGUCCCUAUAGUGCAGCAAUAUCCACAAAUGCUGCAAAAUCCACAAAUGCUGCAAAAUCCACAAAUGCAGCAACGGAAUCCUAUGCAGCAAGCAUCUCUAUAUCCCCCUCCUCUGCAGCAGCAGCAGCAGCAACCAUUCCAAACUUACGCUCAGUAUCCACAGGCUCAGCCACAAUAUCCACAACAGUCGAUGCCGCCUAUGCAACAAUUUGCGAUGCCCUUUCAACCACGUCCACCUCAGACACAUCCCAUGUACGCACAGCAGGGGCAAGCAAUGGCAAGACCUCCUUCACCGGAUGUCCCUCCCACGGACCCCCCUCAAAUAUCAUCAACAACGCAUUCCAGUGUCUCCACCGCUCAAUUUAUCCUGCGGCAAAGCGGCCAACCAACAAAUCCAGCCAGUUACGUUCAUUUCUAUGAUCAUAACAAUAGGUACCAUCGAACCUAUGAGGCACCCGCCAAGUCAGUGCAAUUAAAUGGCAAAGAUCCCAGACUGCCGACUGCCAUGGAUCAGGCGCUUGAUGAAAAUCACCUGAGAGAAUUGCGAGAGCAAGAGCUGGACCAGCUCAGGAAAAAAUGCGAUAAGCGCGGUAAAAGGGCCCUGGAACGCGAGCAGGUGCGUCGGGACUGUGCCGAAUUGACAGAAAAACUAGAUGCUUUGGUCCAAAAUCAACCGAAUCUACUGCCCAGCGAUGCAAACUUUAUACCCAGUCAUCGGUUUGCGGAUCUGGCUGUACGUCGGGAGCAAAAAAUGAAUGAGGCCAUGGAGGAGAUGUUGCUGCGACCGGCCAUCGUUACAUGCCCGGAAGUUGGUUCCAAUGCAAGAUCUGCCACAUCUGGAAAGGGCAAGGUCACCGCCGCCCCGAGUGUCAUUAAUGUGGGAGAACAUCCCCAUAGAUCAACGGACUUUAAGGGGAGCUCAGAGAGCUGCUGCUCCAUGCUGCUCGACUAUGUGGAUGAUCAGAGCAAGCAGCUUCGUUCAGAUCUCAGGGCAGAGGAGUCCAACACCCCAAAGUCCAUUAGAUUGAAGAAUUUGCUGGAUCGUGUGGAAAAGAUACGCAUACAACUGAUGGAGGAAUUGAAAGCGGGCCAGCGAUCCUCCUCCCAUGCAGACAAGGACAAGGAGGUACUGGACGCCUUACGUCAGGAGCGGGAAGAUAUACUGGCAGAGAAGGCGCGUACCCUAAACGAGCGGGAAACGGAACUGGAGCAAAAGGAAGCCCUACUCGAGCAGCGUCUGCGGAAGUUCUACAAAGCACAAAAGCAGAACAAGAUCAUCGAUGUCGAGGCGAAAGAUAGGGAAAAUCCCGUGAUCAUCAUCAAGGUCAACAGCGAUGGCACUGUCAAGCAGUGUAUGCCCAAGCACAAGUCGAAGCCAAAAGCCAGAUCUACUGAAAUUGAAAUUGAAGCUACCAAGGAAUCCACAUCGGGUGUCACCAGAGAGAGCACGCCCACGAUUGCGCCAACAUCGGAUGGCAAGGAUCAGGGUCAAAACUCCAUAGACUCGAAUUCCACAGCCUACCGGAGUCUGCCCCCGAUUACCUAUAAGAACCCUAAUGCCCCAGCGUCUGCAUCUGAGGCGCUGCCUACUCAAGUGGAUCCCGUGAUUGCCCAAUAUAUACAGCGUCUGUUGGGCAUGACCCGACGCUCCAUACAAGAACUGAGUGUCAGCAGUUCGGAUGUGCCCACGCCCAAUCCAUCGAUCAUCAAUUCAUCCAGGAACAUUGCGCCAGAGGAGAUUGUGGCCGAUAGCCUUCGCGUGGAGCAUGCAGUUGAGACUGCGGCUGACAAAAUGCGCGUGGACCGGGUUCAGGCCUUCAUUGAGGACAACCGGAGUUUCGUCAACGAGCUGGAGGACACUCUGCGCAGUCAGGUGCAGCAGCAGGAGCAGGAUAAAGAGACCAGCAUGCAGGCCUUUGAUCAGAUCUGGAACAAGCGUUUGUCCAAAAAGCAGGUCCCCGAUAAAGCUCGCCAGUCAAAGGAUACGGGAAAAAAGCGCACAGAGCACAAGCUUGAGAAGGAGCAGCCUCGUCCCUCCAGCCGCCAGUCAAGUCCUGCCAGAAAGUCUGUUACCAUAGCUACUCCGACGAAGAGGACGUCCCAAUCUGCAGUCGAGAAAUCCAAUAAGCAUCCCCCUAACCAGGAGCCUGCCGAUCUACAAAUUGAGCGCUAUGCAAGGCUCACCCAGAACUACACGCAUCGCAUCGCCGAGCUGACGGAGCUGAUCUCCAAAGUGCGCGAGGAGAAACAGCGUCUGGUGGAGGUGACCCUCACCUCGGCCAGUGAUGGCGAGCGCCAAUCCACGGAAUACUUGGAACUGCCGCCCGGUCAGACGCAGCCGGAGAAGGACAAGCAGCACAGAUCCAGAACGCUCUCGGAGCGCAGCGACAAUACGACUCCCUCCACAUCGGAGGCUCUGCCGCUAAUGAAACACAAGCCAACGGCGGCCAGCAGGGACAGUGGAAUCUCCGAAUCGCGUCCCAUUACUGCUCUGGGUCAGGUCAAUGUCGAUGCAGAACCCCCCACAUCCACACAGAGCACCGCGCAGCGACGGGGAAAGGCACCUCCAGCCACCAUACGCCGCUAUAGCCCCCAACUUGAUGCGGAUGAUCUGGCCCACGAGCUGUCCACCAUAGCAGAGGUGGAGACGCCCGGCCAGUCGCAUAUUGUGGCUGCCACGCCAGUGCCAAAGCCGUUUCCCAACUUUGAUGAAUAUGCCCGAGAUAUGAAAUUAGAUCUGUCCAACUUGGAUGCCGAUCAAAGCCUGCGGCUGAAGCUGGAGUUUAACGAGCUCGUCCAGGCCAUCCAUCAGCGAUGUGGAGGCCUCGACUAUCGGGAGUUUCCCAGCCUAAAUGCAUAUCUCCACAGUCUGAAUACCACGCGGCUGCGUGUGGAGGAGUCGGAACAAGGCACUCUGACAACGGGAGAGCUGAUGCGGCAAUUGCGCCUUCACACUGUGCCCGUCGAGGAUUUUCCCGACCGCCGGGUCUACAUGCAGAAGUUGCUCGACAAGGUACCGCCCGAUCAAAGGCAGAUGAUUGAUUCGUCGAGCCUGGAUAAUGAUUCAUCGGAUUCCUUUAAUGUGGAAAAAGAGCUGCGUCAACGGCGCAUCAUCAGAACCUCUGAUGGCGCCACAGAAGUCAUCACCACACAGGAAGUGGCCUGCAGUACCCGCAGGGAGAGCGUUCCACCCGACUCGACUGAACCGCCCAAUGAGAGCGGCAUUCAGCACCUCUCUGGCAGCAGUUUGUCCAGAGAUCUAGAUCGAGAACUGCAGCGCAUUGGCGUGAAGUGGCCCUCCACAAUGCGCCAGCGGCAACGUCAGGAGGAUGCCAGCAGCACCAGCAACAGUUCGCCAGAACGACAGACAACGCGAUUAAAUGCCGGUUACGGUCGAUCAGCGGAAAGUAAGUCCAAACACAUGACAUCCGAUCAAUCCGGCCAGAAUGCCAGCCAAAUUGGCCGCUCGCUGAACUUGCGCGAGUUUCUCACGCGCGAGCUACUCAAACAUCAUGUGGGAACUGCAGACAGCUCGGAUGAUUCCCUGAAGAGCCAUUUCCUGCACUCCAUCAUCGAUUCGCUUUCGCGAUCCAGUUCACCGCAAAGCCCAGCCCAUGGUACAGGAGCCACCAAUGACCGCCAAAAGACCUCGACCCCUAGGGGCUCAUUCCAGACGGUCCAGGAAAGGUCUGGCCAGACGACACCCCAGGAAACGCCCGUUUUCGGUCCCUCCCCCACAAACUCACUAUUGUUCUCGGGCGAGAGUCGCAUUUCUCUAAUCAAUUACCCGGAUGGCACACCGCCAGUGCCCUUUGCGUCCCAUCAUCAGCAGAGCAGGCAUACGAGCGGCAGGGCGACCACCCCCACAGCUCUUACACUGAAGUCGCCUCCAAAAUCGGAACCUAAGCGGAAAUCAAAAUCAAGAUCACCGAGAUGAAAAUCACCCGCCAAAAUCAGAUCACCACGAAAGUGAUUAUUUUAUGGACUAGCUCAAGGGAUUUUAAUGGAUUAUAGCUCAAGGGAUUUUAAUUUUUAGCAACAAAUUUUGUAUGACUAUUAUUUAUAUUUUAAUA